GAGGGGGAAAACCCAAACCCUUGCCGCCGUCGCCGGCGCUCUCGCUCCCUCCUCCGCUCCGCUUCUCCCGCUCCCACCGGCCGGCAUCGGAUCGACGAGCGCGCUGUCCCAUCCGAGAGCUCACCGGUAAGGGAGCAGCGGCCUCUUCUUCGACGGCGGCCUCGAGGCCGGCCAUGGCGACUAGGUCUUGCAGCGGAUAGACCCCGAGGCCACCAGGUACUAGUUCAGGCCGGAGAAAGGAGCGGUGGUUUCAGGUUUGGAUCUUGGUUUCGGUCUGUAGUACCAGCAGCAACCAGCAAGCAAUUUAGUUCUGGUACACUUGAGUUUUGUUGGCGAUGGACGGCAGUAACUCCAAUAAGAGGAGAGACGAAGCUCUGAGAGAGGGAGACCGCUGGAUGGACGUCAGAAUACUGAAGGAGACCCUUGACUGCACAGUCUGCUUCGAGCACUUCAGGACUGAGAUUUAUCAGUGUUCUGUUGGGCAUUUCAUAUGCUCGUCUUGCCGCGACAAGAUACUGGACAAGAAGUGCCCCACAUGCUCUAUCAAAACUUCCUUCAAGCGCUGCUUUGGGAUGGAACAUGUCGUCCAGUCGGUCGCAUUUCCUUGCUCCAAUGCCAAGUAUGGAUGCAGAGAGGGUCACGCAUACUAUCAGAAAGAAGGACAUGAGCAGGUAUGCCCGUAUGGCCCAUGCUUCUGCCCAGCGUCCGACUGCAGCUUCACUGGGCUGACACACGAGCUCCUGGACCAUCUCACCAUCUAUCACAUGUCUCCAUGUACAGACCUCCCAUAUCAUGGGACGGUGGCUCUCCGCUUAGAACCGGGCAUACAUGUUCUGGCACCCCGCAACAAGGGCAACAACCAUUUUUUCAUGCUCAACAUGGAGCCAGAGCGUCUUGGAUAUGCUAUCUCAGUCGUCUGCGUCCAACCUAAUGCUACGGAACCCAAGUUCACAUGUUGUAUGAGUUAUGACUGCUCUGGGACAGGUUAUUGUGGAAGUGCAAGUUGCCAAAUAAAAAGCUCUACACUCUCUGAUGGGCUACCGACGGACUACGACUUAAUUCCACCCAAGAGAAAGAUUUCUGGUGAUCGAAAAUUUAUCAUGCUCAGAAUCACCAUUCAUCAAGCUUCAAGUGUCAGCAAAUCCCAUGUUAAAGGAAGGGGCCUGACUUCCACUCCAUUGACCCUGUUUCCUCGUCGUUCUGAUGAUGAUGGCGAUAUAGUCUGCAGAUCCUGUAUUGAAGGAAAGUGCCCGACUUCCUCUCAAAAGCUACUGUUUCCUGAUUAUUCUUCUGAUGACGAUGAUGAUGUGCCUUCAACAUUCGAGCGUGCUCUCAAACGGGUGUCCCUGCUUGAUUAAUAGGUCGAUUGAUGAUGUACCUUCAAGGUCCGAUCGUGCUCAUGUAUGCUAGAGAUUUAGCGUUGGUGUGUGGACGCCGUUAAUAAUAUGCCUGGGUGGGUUUCACCAUUCUGGUUCCAGGAUAUAUGUAUGACGAGAACCUGUAUGAUCUAAGUAUCGGAGCUGUUUUGACCUUCUUUAUGUGUUUUGUUGUCCGGAACUCGUGCCGUGGCAUGUGAGGCUGCCCUUGAUGUACUAGAAAAAUAUUAUGCUAUGUCGGUACAUUUGUAUCGAUGAACCACUAACUUGGAGUUAUCCUGUUUUA